AUGGCAGCCAAGUGUGAGUUUGAAGUGGAGGUAUUUUCAUCUGAGACUGGACAAUGGACAGAUUCCGUAUUGUCAUCUCCAAAACCCAUUUAUUGGUCCACUCCGCUAACCAAUGCUAUAGUCUACAAUGGAUUGCUGCAUUGGUUGACUAGAGGCAAUGAGAUUCUUGUUUAUGAUAUUUACAGUAGCAGGGUUGUACUACUUAUUGAUAAACCAGAAGGCAUACCAGAUCCAUGGUUACAAUUGCAUUGCCUUGGUUUGUGUCGUGGCUCAUUGCAUAUUUGUGUAGUGUAUCGCAUGAAUUUGCUGAUUUGGCAACUCCAGGACUGUAACAAGUGGAGUUUGAAAUGUCAGGUUAAUCUUACUUUGCAACACAGCAUUCUUCAUGGCCGUCAGUGGCUAAAUCCAUCUUACUGGUUCUCUGGACGCGUUAUUGCUAUCCAUCCUUAUGAUCCCAACAUCUUGUAUAUUGGUUUGUCUAUGUCAACACACAGGGUUCUUUCUUGCAAUUUGGCAACUAAAACCUCGAAAUUAGUUAUGGUGUUUUCGUUUCCUUCUAAUUAUGGUUACUUCUAUCAAUCAGAAGAUGUAUUUACGCUCAUGCUUCCAUGGUGGCUUUACGCUCAUGCUUCCAUGGUGGCUGUGGGGAGGGGGGCGUGA